AUGGGGCAUCUACUCCCACCGCAGAGACACGCGCCUUCUCGCCCCCCCCAAGGGGAGAGGAACACGGACAACGAAGGUGGAAGCGGUGGAAGCAGUACAGACAUUAGUGAAAUUCAGAAUACUACCAGGACGACCCCCGAAAUUACAGAUCAUAUCUCGCAAUGGCCGGCACCGGUGGAAUUUCCAUUUCCCAUGAUCCACAUGGAGCCCUGCGGGAUCUUCGACAAUUCGUACACAAGCUCGCCUUUUUCCUCGCUUCCCGCACUGGAUCAUCUUCAAGAGCUCGUCCAUGUUCCAAUGGAAUCCGAACUCUUUAUCACCCCUAUGAUGCACAAUGACCUAGACCAGCUUUAUUUCGAUCGGGCUUAUGCAUUUGCGCCAAUAGUACACACCCAUCGUUACCGUUCUUGGUCUAAACAACCAAAUAAGAGCAAGCAGAAAACCUGCCUGCAAUAUGCUAUGUGGACGUUGGCCUCGUCACUCUCCAGUCAGUUCCAGGUCGAUGGGCGUAAAUUGUACGCAAAGACUAGACAACUUCUGCAUGCGCUCGAUUCGGAAGAACCGUGUCACCAAAUACCCCUCGAGCAGGCCCAGGCGUGGACCUUGCUUGCAAUCUAUGAGCUAACGUGCCAAGAUUUCCACCGAGGUAUGCUUUCCGCCGGGAGGGCCUUUCGCUUGAUCCAGAUGAUGAGGCUAUACGAACUUGAUGUACCCCAAACACCUGCCACCAUGCAAUUGGAUCAGUAUCCAGGGCAACUCACUCUUCAGGGGUCAGUCCAGGAUGAUUGGAUCGAUAUUGAAACCAAGAGGCGGACCUUCUGGCUUGCAUAUACAAUCGAUCGCUUCACGAGUAUGGUUGAUGGGCUGCACAUGUUCUUCGAUGAACGGCUGAUCCGUACUCGCCUGCCGGCUCCCGAGGCGAACUUCGCAAGUAGUCGGCCCACGGACAUGAGUUUCCUCGCGGACAUGAUUCCGGUCGUCGGCCUAGAGUUGCCACACAAGAACCUGUCGCCCUUUACAGAGAGCGUCAUCGGAGCUGCCAUUUGUGGACGGGUCCUAGAACAUAAACAGAAGCCUCCGACCAGAGCGUGUCAAGAAUUUUGCCGUCGACAUCGUUCUCUCCAUGCACUGUUGGCGCAACGCAUUAGGAUGCUUCGGGUCUAUGCAUCAAUGGAGUACCCAGAUCCCAUCAUCGCCUUCGUUGCACUGGCGGCACAUAUAGCCGUGCUUAUGCUCUAUGAUCUUAUCAAAUCAAGGCCCCUGGGUACCGACACACAAGGAACGCAGCUGACUCAAGCUCUCUACUCGGAACACAAGCAGCAGUCACUAGAUGCCGUAGGUGAUACAGCUGUUUUAAUCGCCGUGCUUGGCCAGCACUUUCAGAUGCACCCCUUAACGCCUAUCCUGCUCCUCCUAGGCGCCCGAUUCUCCCAAUCCUACCCCGAGCUAGACGAUGCCUACAUCAAGCUCAUGCCCAGCAUCGUCACGAUGUUGCAAGCUUCGACUGGGCUGAACAAGCUUGCGAAAAACUUUCUCCAAUUUCUAAAGCCCCAGGAUGACAACUGGUAUGGCUUCACAUAA